AUGCGAGGUGCGUUGCUGACGCCCUCCAGCAAACACUGCGGCCUUAAACAAUUCAAACACACACGGCCGAGCGCCAUUGAGCCGCGCUCGCCAAGCGCCUUUACGCCGAACUCCUCCAGCAUGCUACUGCUGCAGACACACAGCAACUACGGUUCGUCCUUCAUUGAUCUUUUGUCGCCGCAAUACCAAGAAGAUUCGACGGAAAUAUUAGAAGAGAAUUUGGAUCCCUUUCCGGACGUUGAAUUCCACGCGCCGAUCCCGUUUGAGAUUAAAUCGCAGCGAGCAACGCCAGUGAGUGAGACCCCAUCACCAACACUCGGCCCCGCGCUACCGAGUUUCGAGGAGACUUAUUCAGUCCGAUAUCCUAAACAAGAGAUGGCGGAAUUCGGAAUAAAAAUGGACGAAGAUUGUUACAACGUAAGCCCGUAUUCCCAGGGCCACACUUCUACGCAACUAUUAUACCAGUACCAUCAACCGGCACUUCCAUAUGUCCCAUCAACGUACUAUGCACCAGCUCAACCGUGUAGUCCAACGUUCGAUACGGGGGGAGUCGCUCCCAAUCAGGAUUCUUAUUCCUUGCCCCCGUUCCCUAGUUCGAUCGAUUUGCACGUAACCACGGAUCAAGGAUCAAGACAAAGACGGUCAUCGCUGCCCGUACAACGGUCGGAGUCCAGCAGCUCGAACGAUAGUCCCAAGCUGCAUGGUAGAGUUCAAUGCAUGCAGGCUUCAACUCCUAGCUCCGCUUCUAGUUCCCCUGGCGGGGCGCCUCAGGACAACCCUGCUGGUCGCGCUGCCCCACCUUCUCCAAGCCAACUCUGUGCAGUGUGCGGCGAUACCGCAGCUUGCCAACACUACGGCGUACGAACGUGCGAGGGCUGCAAAGGCUUUUUCAAAAGAACCGUUCAAAAGGGAUCAAAGUAUGUGUGCUUGGCGGAAAAAUCUUGCCCAGUCGACAAAAGAAGAAGGAACAGAUGUCAGUUUUGUCGUUUCCAGAAAUGUCUCGCCGUUGGAAUGGUGAAGGAAGUCGUGCGGACCGACUCGUUGAAAGGGAGACGAGGUCGAUUACCGUCUAAGCCGAAAUGUCCGCAAGAAUCUCCACCGAGCCCUCCGAUCUCUUUGAUUACCGCUCUGGUUCGGGCUCAUGUGGAUACCUCGCCGGAUUUUGCCAAUCUUGACUACUCUCAAUAUAGAGAACCUAAUCCCAUGGAGCCACCUUUGUCUGAUUUGGAAGUUAUUCAGCAAUUUUACUCCCUGCUUACGACCUCAAUCGACAUGAUUAAAGUCUUUGCUGAAAAAGUACCUGGAUACGGCGAGCUGUGUAUAGAGGAUCGAGAGCAAUUAUUCGCAUCGGCUCGUCUGGAACUGUUUGUGCUCCGGUUGGCAUAUAGAACCCGUCCCGAGGACACUAAGCUCACCUUCUGCAAUGGACUCGUCCUUGACAAACGGCAAUGCCAGCGAGCAUUUGGCGAUUGGUUACAUGCAGUUUUGGAUUUCAGCAACACCUUACAUACAAUGGACAUCGACAUUUCGACUUUUGCGUGCCUUUGUGCGCUUACUUUGAUCACUGAACGACACGGUUUAAAAGAGCCUCACCGAGUGGAGCAGCUGCAGAUGAAGAUAAUCGGCUGCCUUCGCGCACACAUGCCAGGCGGCGGUGGCAACGCGGCGGGCGCCCCCCACUUCAGCCGCGUGCUUGGCGCCCUCCCGGAACUUCGGUCCCUCUCGGUCCAAGGCUUACAGCGCAUAUUUUACCUCAAACUCGAAGACCUGGUGCCGCCGCCGCCGCUCAUCGAGAACAUGUUCCGCGCCAGCCUUCCCUUC